UUUCCGCCAAGCUCUCAAGUCCCUCCAUUUUGUUGUAUGUGCUGUUGGCAAGAGAAGUGCAAAAAAAAAACUGUUGUCGUUUAUAACGAUAUUCUAGCAAUGGACGGUAUGGGAGAUGUUGCAGUUGGUGUGAAGAGAGGAUCAGAUGAGCUGAUGUCAGCCAGUGUCUACAACAGCGGAUCUGACAUGAGCAGUAUCGGUGAUGUUACAGCCAAUGGGAGCGACAGUAAAUCCAAUGGGAGUGACAGUAAAAAGCUGAGAGUGGAAGACCGGAUGGAGGCCCCUCCGUCUCGUGUGCUGCACAUCAGAAAACUGCCCAAUGAAACUUCAGAAUCGGAGGUCAUUGCCCUGGGGUUACCUUUCGGGAAGGUCACAAAUAUCCUGACGCUUAAGGGGAAAAACCAGGCUUUCUUGGAGCUGGGCACAGAGGAAGCAGCGAUAACCAUGAUCAACUACUACUCUACUGUGACACCGCAUGUUCGGAACGUCCCCGUGUUCAUCCAGUAUUCCAACCACAAAGAACUCAAAACGGAUAGCGGAAACCAGCGGGCCCAGGCGGUCCUGCAGGCGGUGUCAGCGGUCCAAGGAGGAGGUACUCCUGCGUCGGGCUCCGUCGUAGAUCUAACCGCUGCGUCCAGCCCUGUGCUCAGAAUAAUCAUCGACAACAUGUUCUAUCCAGUCACUCUGGAUGUGCUGCAGCAGAUCUUCUCAAAGUUCGGAACAGUCAUGAAGAUCAUCACAUUCACCAAGAACAAUCAGUUCCAGGCUCUGCUGCAGUUCAACGACCCACCCACCGCCCAGCAAGCCAAAAUAGCCCUGGAUGGUCAGAACAUCUACAACUCGUGCUGUACGCUCCGCAUCGACUACUCCAAGCUGGUCAACCUGAACGUGAAGUACAACAACGACAAGAGCCGUGACUACACCCGGCCAGAGCUCCCUGCAGGGGACGGCCAGCCUGCCAUGGACCCCAACAUGGCUGCUGCCUUCCAAGGCAAAGACUCCAACUCUCUGCUCGGUGGCCUGAGCCCGCUGAAUGCUGCCGCGGCGGCGGCUGCUGCUGCAGGAAGGGUGGCUCUGUCCGGUCACACUGGAGCCAGUGGCGUGCUCCUGGCCUCCAACCUCAACGAAGAGAUGGUUACGCCCCAAAGUCUGUUUACUCUCUUCGGGGUGUAUGGUGAUGCCCAGAGGGUGAAGAUCCUCUACAAUAAGAAAGACAGUGCUCUGAUACAGAUGGCUGAUGCCAACCAAGCCCAGCUAGCCAUGAGUCACCUGAAUGGGCAGAAGAUGCAUGGGAAACCAAUCAGGGUGGCUCUGUCUAAGCACACCUCGGUGCAGCUGCCCAGGGAUGGACUGGAUGACCAGGGCCUCACCAAAGACUUCACCAACUCGCCCCUGCACCGCUUCAAGAAGCCUGGCUCCAAGAACUUCCAGAAUAUUUUCCCUCCCACCACUACUCUUCACCUCUCCAACAUCCCAACGGACGUUUCCGAGGAAGACCUCCGACUGCUGUUCUCCAACGCCGGGGGAACCGUGAACGCAUUCAAGUUCUUUCAGGAUCACAAAAUGGCACUGCUCCAGAUGUCAACGGUGGAGGAGGCCAUCCAGGGUCUGAUCGACCUCCACAACUACAACAUGGGUGACAACCAUCACCUGAGAGUCUCCUUCUCCAAAUCCACCAUCUAAACUUAUGCAUAAUGAUCGAUCCUCCACAACAUCCAUCGCUUUCUGUUUUCCCUAGCAGAUUUUUGGCUGGCAUUUGUUAAACCCUGUUGACUCGUUCCAGACUCUGGGGACCACAUUUGGACCUUAUUGUUUCUUUCUUAGUGUUAUCAGUCAUUCCUUCAGAGAACCAGAAACUCAAACCGGGGGGGAGAAAAUGUUGUACUUCUAUAUUUUGAGGACAUUUUAACCCCUUCACCUGAUCCUGACCCCUGUGUUAGUCCCAUACCCUCUGACCCCUGUGUUAGUCCCAUACCCCCUGAUCCUGACCCCUGUGUUAGUCCCAUACCCUCUGACCCCUGUGUUAGUCCCAUAGCCUCUGACCCCCGUGUUAGUCCCAUAGCCUCUGACCCCCGUGUUAGUCCCAUAGCCUCUGACCCCCGUGUUAGUCCCAUAGCCUCUGACCCCCGUGUUAGUCCCAUAGCCUCUGACCCCCGUGUUAGUCCCAUAGCCUCUGACCCCCGUGUUAGUCCCAUAGCCUCUGACCCCCGUGUUAGUCCCAUAGCCUCUGACCCCCGUGUUAGUCCCAUAGCCUCUGACCCCGUGUUAGUCCCAUAGCCUCUGACCCCGUGUUAGUCCCAUAGCCUCUGACCCCCGUGUUAGUCCCAUAGCCUCUGACCCCGUGUUAGUCCCAUAGCCUCUGACCCCCGUGUUAGUCCCAUAGCCUCUGAUCCUGACCCCUGUGCUAAUCCCACGACCCCCUGACCCCUGUGGUAACCCACACUCCCUGACCCCUGUGUUAGUCCCAUACCCUCUGAUCCUGACCCCUGUGUUAAUCCCACGACCCCCUGACCCCUGUGUUAAUCCCACACCCCCUGACCCCUGUGGUAACCCACACUCCCUGACCCCUGUGUUAGUCCCAUACCCUCUGAUCCUGACCCCUGUGUUAAUCCCACGACCCCCUGACCCCUGUGGUAGCCCACACUCCCUGACCCCUGUGUUAGUCCCAUACCCUCUGAUCCUGACCCCUGUGUUAGUCCCAUACCCCCUGACUCCUGUGUUAAUCCUAUAACCCAUUUGUAUGAUCAGCAAACUAUUUUCCUUUUCUACCUUCUCAUUAUGAAGGGUGGAUGAUUGGACAUGGGCGCCUCUUUUUUGACUAUGAUGAUUUAGUUCUACAAGAUAUGUGCCUUACCAGACUAUCAACUCUUUUUACAUCCCAAAUAUUGACAUGAAUCCCUGUCUGAUUUUUUUGAGGCACAUUUAAUUUUGAUGUGAAAUUUAACAUGAUUUGUCUCUUCUCCCGUGUCACUGUUAUAGUUUGUACGUUUCUGCCAUCCAAGUUUUGCCUUUUUCAGUUGCUGUUCAAUUUGUGGAGUCUCCCCCCUCUUUUUUUCCUUCGUUAAAUUCACUAUGGUUGUUGUGGAGUGGGGAACAAUAUGAGAUUGAAGUUGAAUCAGUCUUUUAAUUUUAGCCCCUUUAGACCACGUUGCUUGAAGGUUUCUUGUAGAGGAAUAACCAACAAUACCGAUUUUUGUUUUGUUUUUUUGAACCCGUUAUUUUUCCUUUUUUAAAUUUUUUUUUUAGAUUACACAUUUACUAAAAUAGUCUUAAUGUUUCUGUUCAUUAUAGGUUUUCACUUCCCUUGUUUUUCAUCAUAUUCAUGUACAUGGGUAGGAGGUGAGGUUUUCUAUGCUUCUACUGCCUGUUCUAUCUAGUUCUUGGAAUAAAACCUUACAUAAUACUUUUACUAAUUUGAACUGCACUUAACGGUCACGAUGUUGUCAUACACAGGACGAAGCAAAUGUCAUGACUGUUUUUGAGACAUACAGUUCAAGCGAAGUGUUAUCUAAAAAAAAAAAUCUGCUUUUGCAUGUGUUGGAAGAGGGUAGCGAAGUAGAACCUGUUGUGAAGUCAACGUGUUGCUGUUUAGAGGGACAACCCCUGGUUGGGACCAAAAGUCGGUGCCUUUUUUAGUCUUUAAUUUACAGUUGUAUCACAAAGGAAAAAUAAUCCACAUUUUAAUGAACCCCCUCUGAUAUAUUUUGUAUAUCUGGGAGGAGAGCAGGGAAAAAAAGAAGGUAAGGUACAGGACACGAUUCAUUAUCAACGACAUUAAUUCCUUAUACAGUUAUUUUAAGCAGACCUACUACACAUAAUACCCAUUAUGAUUUUAAGAAUCCCACAACCUCAACUUACUGGAUAAAAGGGUGUUUUCAAGAGAGAAAAAGUCGUGUGUUUUCUAUAUUGGUUACAUUUUUUACAUCUCUGGGAAUGUUGAGAUUCAGAUAGUUGGGAAGCGGCACGAUUAAAAUAAUUUUCUAAAAAAAAAGUCGGGAGAUUUGGUCGGACGUGUUUUAGAUGUUUCUCUUCUAUCGUGUGUGUGUGUUCUGCUUUUCCUCUGUAGCAUGUUCAAUAAACUUCUGUAGCUCUAUUCA